AUGAUUGCAUUAUCAGUUAUUAUUUUGAUUAUAUGUGCAUUUCAUCUUAUAAAAGAAGUACUUCAGGUUGGUAUCCAUGCAAUGCAUGUAAAAGAAAUUAUAUAAAAAGUAUCUGACUCUUUUUUUCCAAUAUCGAACAUUAAUUUUGAACAGAUAUUGGUUGUCUAUAUAUAAAAUGUUCAGCCUGCAAACUUUCAGUUUUGUAAAAUGUUUUAACUUCCGAGUUUCGUUGUAUAUAUAGGCUAAUCAAGUUUUUAAAUUUGAAUAUGUAGUGAGGAUAAUUUCUAACUGAGUAUUCAACUAGCUACAUGUCGAAUGAUACAUUUCUUGUAUCAUUGCGAUUUGCGAUAAAAAAUAGCCAGAUAAAAUCCGAUUUAAAAAUUAUGGCGGUCGAAAUCGUAUUUUUCCCCCGUCGGGAAUUACUGCAUGUAAAGCUAUUGUCUGAGUCUUGAAAUUACCCGUGACUAUGGCGCAACGCAUGUGUGAGCAUGCAUUACGUUUGAUAAACUUUUUCUCAUAAUUUUACAUCAAAAUUGAGGGACUAAAACAUUUUGCAACACUGGGAGCUUGAAGACUGCAUGACGGACUCAUAAUGCCAUACGUUUCCCAAAUGGACAACAAACAUUUGGGCAAUUAUUGGGCUGGAUAUUUUGCUCGUACGUUCCUUAUACCUACUUAUACUCGUGGGACAUAUCUUGUUUAAAAUUCGAAAUAAAAUAUUAAAUUUAUAAUAUGAAGUGAGGUUGGCGGACUAUAUCAAAAAAAGUAUACAAGGGAUAAAAAAUUGUAUACAUUUACAUUAUUAUAUAAUUUCAUAAUUUCAUAAACAUAAUUUCGGAGACUGAAGUGCUCCUUUCUUGAACAUAUCAUGUGGAUGCGUGAACCAAAAUGGGCACAAAAUAACAUAAAGUAUUGAAGGAAUUAGGCAUGCACUAUAAAAUUGGAAUUUAAACUGUAUAUAUUUCAUAGAAUAACAAUCAAACAAAUUAUCUCUUUCAAACCCAAAAGGUAAUAUUUGGAAAAUAAUGUGAAAAAAAUAAUGUUAAUGAAUGUAACAUUUGUCUUGUAUAGAUGAAGUUUAACAAGACCGAUUAUUUCAUUGAUUUCGAAAAUUACAUUGAGUGGGUGAUGUAUAUUGGUGCUGUAAUUUACGUGCUGCCUGGAAGAAGUACGAAAGCAAACGCACAGAUUGCAGCUGGUGCUAUCUCAAUUUUUCUUGCAUGGAUAAACUUCGUUUUGUUUCUAAAACGAUUUUCGUUGUUUGGAAUCUACAUCCUUAUGACAAAAAGGGUUUUCUUUACUGUUUGCCAG